AUGAACAAGGCACGGAACAAGAUAAAUCAGAUGAGUACUGCUGACUGGCAACAUUAUUAUUCCUUGCUAUCGAGUCAGCAAUUAAUAAAGCAUUUUGCGGAUGAAGUCCAUCGCUUUUCAAGGUGCCCCAUGAAACCUGACGAUGUACUACGGCGUUUUAGCUUGAAUGGUGAUGGCUUUCUUGACCUCCGCGAGUUUCAACUUGCGAUGACUCGUCUUGAAAUUAUAGCUCCCGAUUUACAACAGACUGAUGGACAGCCAGGUCGAGAUCUGGAGAGGGCAAGAGAACUUUACUUGGUCUUUUGUCCCACACAAACACGCAAACUAGACAUCGAAGUAUUCUGCCGUAUCAUGACAGAAUGGUCCUUGCAGAUUAUGCGAUCAAGUUACCAACACGAUUCGACGUCAGAUGUCACUCCUCGUUUAUCUUCAUCGUGGACUAAUAGUCAUUGUGCGCCUUUGGUCACACCCUACGCAACUCAUACAACUACAAACAUCAUGCGCCCGGAAUCAAAUGGUGGAAAUUGUAUGGAGGAGAGUGAGCCUUUGUUACAGCGACUUGCAUCGUCAAUAUUGCAACAUCACGAGAAAUUACAACAAAUAUUUUUCAAAAUGGAUGUUAUGAGCUCCGGUAAGAUUAGUCCAGAAGAGCUCGAGCUGGCUAUGAGCCAUAUAGGCGUGUUUCUCACCACGCGCGAGUAUGAGAAGCUAUAUAAAUCACUUGGUGAAAAUGUUAAGGAAUACGCACGAGAUGGUGCUAGCAACGGAAGAUGGCAUGGACGGGGUGGUAACGGAGACGCUUUUUUGAUUAAGUAUGCUGACUUUCUUGCAUUAUUUCGAGAAAAGUCUGGGGUUGAUCACCGAACUCAUUCAUUACCAUCUACGUCAACGAAAACCUCACCUCCAGUUGUGGGCGUUGGAAGUGCUCGCCUAUGGGACUUGCUCGUCGCUGCUUUUGAAAAUUUGCAAUCCCUCUUCAGACAAUACGAACGCAUAGGACAAACUGUUUUACCACCCGAGACAUUUCGAGACUGUCUGCUACGCUGUGGAAUUGUAUUAAGCAACGCUGAUUUUGCAGCUUUGCGCGUUCGAUUGUUGCCAUUCUCAGAUGCUAGUUCUGGUUCUAUCAGCAUUAGUCCACUUCUAGACGCACUGAAAGCAGCUGACCGCACAACAAUGAAUUUAAAAGCACCUUCUGGAUCUUCCUCUGUUACUAAUGUCAACCAGAUUCCCAUUCGACUUGGGCGAAAAAUCGUGCCAAUAACCGCAUACAGUCCCUUGCCAAGCGAUCGAGAACCGUACCCAGCUGGAAAAUCGACAAAGGAAAGAAAUGCGGAGGCAAGCCGGACUAUUGUCAAGAUUAGUGACGAUCGUAACCGAGAGGGCAACCUUCACCAGCCUGCGGCAAGUACUAGUCCACGAGCUGGUACAAGUGAAGCCAAUGAAACGUAUCUUGAACAUCAACGCCGGCGUCACGAUCCCUUUUUCUCGACGGGAAAGCCCCCACCAGCUCUCGAAGCUCGUAUUUUAUCUAAGCUACAACAGUUAAAACAGCUUGGCCAAAUUUCAGCAUCGUCUCUUCAAAGUGUUUUUCCUGGCGAUCGCUUUGGCUAUAUAUCUAGAGGACAAUUUCGACAAGGUUUGGUGCAUUUGAAUUUGUCUGCCCGAUAUGCAGAUGUCGAAACGCUAUUCUGGACUCUAGAUACUCAAGGACAUGGAUACAUUGUAGCCCAAGAUCUUUACGAUCAUUUGAAUCACUUUUCUACGCAACAAAAAUCUGAGGUGUCAAAGCAGGCACCGGAGCUUUCCGUUGAUUGUUCGUUCAAACGGACGCGUCUGUCUCGCUCUGCUCAAAAAGUUCUUGAGAAAAUGCUAGUAGAAUUGCCACAAGUCUUGGCAAAGUGUGAAUGCUUGGACAAUAACAAAACGGGCUUGAUAUCUACGACAAACCUGCUGCAAGCUAUUCAUGAACUUGGUAUUAUGGCUUCAUUACCGGAUAAACAAGAAGCCAUCAAGGCACUUUGUGGCGAUCAAAGCGAGCAAGAAACAUCUGAUCAAAUUCCCUAUCAAAUGCUCGAAACUCGUCUUGGAGCAUUAUGCUCUAGCUUGCUUUCACCGAAAAAGCGCUCACAGCAUCGUUCCACAACAUCCGUACUUCUAGCACCAUUUGAAGUGCAAGUAGUCGAUGUCAAAUCUUCCGAUACUUCUGAGUCAAAUGAAACACUUUGGAACUGUCCACGCCGACGCAUUGUUCAAAAUCAUCCUGCGGCGAGGUCCACAAUUGAAAUCACUGACGAGAUCAAAAGUCCUAGAAAUGAGCAAAUGACUUCUGGUAGACGGCAUCAGCGAUCAAAACCCGUGAAAACUGCAAUGUCACGCCUGGAACAAAGGCACCAUAUUGCGCUGAUGGGUAUUCUACAGGAUCUACUCGAGCGACGCAGUGAUUUAAAGAUUGCCUUUGAUUUGCACCGCCGUGCCGAUUCUCGUGGUCAUGUUUCGAAACAGGAUCUUGUAGAAAUCUUUUUGACUUCUCGUCUAAAUCUACACUUUUCUGCUGGCGCUCUUGCUGCACAGGAUCUCGUGGACAAGCUGUUUCCCUCGCUAGGACCGAAAGAUAGCCUCGGAUUUCUGGAUGUCUUACAUCGUAUCAACGACCUUUUAAGCUUAGUUACCAAUGAGUUGUCAGCGGCUCCAACAUCUUCGAUUAGAUGCAUGUCAUCUUCUCUGUCAACAAACUCAUUUCAGCAUCCUGAACGAUCGACAGGAAAGCGACUAAAUAAUAGUCUGGAUAUGCACAGUUCAGUGCUACCUUCGACAACGGGUUCAUUUUUAAAACAUGCUGCGAGAUUAGAUGAAGAAAUUUUGGUGGAUUGUAUGGUCUCGAUUCGACGAAAACUUCUACAAGAAAGCAGACUGAAAAACCUUUUAGACUCCGACUAUGCGCUACAGAGUGCAGCUGUUCUGAUCAGACAUGCGUUUAAAGGCCUUGCUCCGCGUGAAAUGGUAGUGCCAAUUGACAAUGGAAAAUUUGAGGCAAUCUGCCGAGCCAGCGAUAUCAAGCAUGUGUGUUUUCGGCUUGGACUAGAUUUAGAUGUGCAUGAGCAACAAUUUGUGAUCAGCAGUGUUGACACGGAAGAAAGCGGCUUUGUAAGUUCCAUUGGCCUGCUUGAUCUCUUCACAAAAGUCGCACAGGAUGAAAACUUUACCCCUUUAAGCACGAUACAUGUAGAAAACGAAGCUGAAGCUAACAAGAGCCGUUCAGUGGCUUUUUGCGACGAAGUCCACAGUCCUCAUAACAUCAGCUCACCUAGUAUUGCUAAAUGCUAA